AUGUCCAUGAGAGGCUCUGCUACACUAACUCUUAUAGCUGCGGGGAUCUUGGCGUUUCUCACGGCUUCAUCCUGCGUCUUCGUUGUUUGUGCCCAGGAGACCCUGAGUAUUGCAGGGAGUGUUUCGGUGGCAUUAAAUGCCAGCCAGUACAUAGAUGUGCAAGUAGUACACGGUUCCACUGGGGCUGUUUUCCGCUCCCAGCCGUUGGACGCCACGCGCAGCUUUUCCUUCACCGGCCUUCCACUGACGGUCAAUGAGGUUCGUCUUUUUCUGCGACUUCCGGAGCGGCGGUUUCGUCUUGAUCGUGCGGCGUCUUCCCUUUCGGCCCGUAUCCCAAAUGUUGCUAGUGGCGAUGAUGUUGCAUGGCUGCACUUGACUGCGGCAGUGGAGGAGGUUAGCAAUGCUGUGCCAGAGAAGCGACCGCAGGGAGGGAGCGUGCUGACGGCUGUCGUCACGGUAACAUUAAUGGCUCUGGCGGCUGUGGGACGACAUCGGCUUUUGUCGCUUCUUCAACUGCCGAACUUUAAGUUGUCGAAGCCGCGUAAAGUGAUUGUGACGUCAGGCGGGUAG